AACUUGUCAAUGCUUAUAUCUCCAUCUUUAGCAAAGAGACCAUCUUCAAUUGCAGUCAGAGAAAGGACCCCUUUUUUUUUUUUUUUUCUAAUUUAGUCUUCUCUUAGCCCCACACAUUUGACCAAAAAGACAAUGCACUUAAAAGUACUUCAAUUCAAAGUAAUAAUCAGUUUCUAAACGCAAUUAUCACUGAUGGGUGCUCUUCACUCUACACUUCUGUACUUGAUUUUGUUACAUUCAUGGCAUAUUGUAGCUUUGAAGGACCAAGAAUGGAGGAAAGCCACAGCCACAUACGCCAAUGACACAGAGGGAUCACUCAUUACUGAAGGAGCUUGUGGUUAUGGAGACCUACACAAGGCAAGCUAUGGAAAAAACAGUGCUGGGUUAAGCACCAUUUUGUUCAACAGGGGAAGUGCUUGUGGGGCUUGCUAUGAGAUCAGAUGUGUUGACCACAUCUUGUGGUGUGUGAUGGGGAGCCCUUCUGUGGUUGUUACUGCUACAGAUUUCUGUGCUCCAAAUUAUGGGCUUUCAAUUGAUUAUGGUGGCUGGUGUAACUUCCCAAGAGAACAUUUUGAGUUGUCACAGGCUGCAUUUGCUGAAAUUGCCAAGGGAAAAGCAGAUAUAAUACCAGUUCAGUAUAGAAGAGUGAAGUGUGAAAGAAGUGGUGGUUUGAAAUUCACAAUGAGUGGAAGUUCUCACUUCUAUCAAGUCCUGAUUACCAACGUGGGGCUGGAAGGUGAAGUGGUUGGAGUGAAAGUGAAGGGAUCAAGAACAGGAUGGAUCCCCAUGGCAAGGAAUUGGGGACAAAACUGGCAUUGCAAUGUGAACCUUCAAAGGCAGCCCCUGUCAUUUGAGGUAACCAUCAGCAGUGGAAAAACACUCACAUCUUAUAAUGUAGCCCCUAUAAAAUGGCAGUUUGGACAGACAUUUGAAGGGAAACAAUUUCAGCUUGAGUAGUAGUUUCAGAAUUAUGAAUAGGUUGGUGAAUUUUGGGAGACUUGAAUUUUUGAGCUGUAAACUUGGAUUCAUGAAAUCAUUGUAAAGAGCUCAAGCUUAAUUGUAUAUUUGCUCAUGAUUCAUGAUCAACUAUUAGUUCAAGUCUAUAAAACAAGUGAUGAUGAAUGAACAUUUUAUAUUAUAAAGUUGACCAAAGGGUAAUGUAUUGUUAUAAUACCUAUCCUUACAACUCCAUAAAUAAAAAAAGCACUCAAUGAGGUGCCUUUAUCGUUCAA